GCAGAGGUUCAGGAGCAGAAGUCCGAUUGUAAACACAUCACGGCACCGACGAUGUUUACAUGAACAUGCUCUUCAGCAUCUCUUUAUUGACCACUUUUCACACACACAGCCGGCUGUAGCUUUCCAGCGCACAGCCCGACACAUACAAACAAGAGCAGAGAGAGCAAGCCGGUGAGGCGUGAUUGCGGAUGCCACUCAGGUACGUCUGCCUCUCCUGCAGCGUCACUGCGGGCCACGCCCCGCGAAGCACAUUAACCCGGUAAAAUAAAUAUUAUGCAGAUAUGCUGAAAAUAUUUAUUUUUAAUUUUUUAGGAGCAUAGUGCUUUUUUCCAAUUAUUUUUUAAAUUCUGGUCAAGGCUCCGCUACACUCCGGGAAGCCCAGAAGGCGAUAUAAGGAUGACGGCUCACUGUUUUUCUUUUGCUACAUGGAUAAUUUAAGUUCAGCUUUUUAAUUCAUUUAAAAAAAAACACCUUCAACUGGUUGACUUUAUUUUUAGUUAUUAUUUUUUAAGGGUUGACAAUGUGUUCAUUACAUAAAUGUGGCAGCGUAGGCUAACACUGCAGCUGUAGCUAAAAGUUGCUUCAGCCCGUAUAAACAUCACACACGUGCUCUAACCUGCCAACAAUGGGAGCGCGUGAGCAGCGCUCACAGGGGCAAUCCUUAGUGUGCAGUGAACAAGCCUGCUGUGGAAUGUGUGUGUGGGAGGGAGCGUUUUCCAUUUUCCCUCCAGCAGUAGGAAGCGUCCCAAUAAGGACGGCAGGGCGGGUUCUUGCUGCUGACGCUGUGUGGGCGGGGCCUGCUGCAUGAUUAAAUGGAGCAGUGAUGAUGAAGGCGAGCAGAGCUCCGACUGUGAGACAGACUAAAGGAUGGCGAUGCUGCUGCAGCCUCUGUGGACCUUUGUGCUGGGACACGCCCCCCUCCUGCGCUCGCCCUUCUUCCCCUUGCUCUUCUCGCUCUCCGUCUACCUGUCCUUCUGCCUGCCCUUCCUGCUGCUGGACACGCUGUCCACCAGGUGGGCGUGGGUGCUCAGGUACAAGCUGCAGCCUCAGAGCUCCAUCAGCUGGUCGUCGGUGCGGCGCUGCCUGGCUCUGACGCUCUACAACCACCUGGUCUUCAUCUUCCCGCUCACCGUGCUGCACUGGUACCUGAGGCGGGUCCACCUGCCCGAGGAGGCCCCGCCCCUUCCGCGCCUGCUGGCUCAGGUGCUCGUGUGCCUGCUGCUCUUUGACUUCCAGAGCUUCACCUGGCACCUGCUGCACCACCGAGUGCCCUGGCUCUACCGCACCUUCCACAAGGUGCACCACACCUACACUUCCACCUCCGCCCUCACCGCCGAGUACUCGGGCGCCUGGGAGACCCUCAGCCUGGGCCUGUUCGCCGCCGCCAACCCCCUCCUGCUGGGCUGCCACCCGCUCACCGAGCUCGCCUUCUUCGUGGUCAACAUCUGGCUGUCGGUGGAGGAUCACUGCGGCUACGAUCUGCCGUGGGCCACGCACCGCCUGGUGCCGCUGGGGCUGUACGGCGGGGCGCGCCACCACGACCUCCACCACCUCAAGUCCAAGUGCAACUUUGCGCCGUACUUCACCCACUGGGACCGCCUGGCCGGGACGCUGCAGACGCAGGACUGAGCCGCCGUGAUGGCGAGGAGCUGAUGUAGAGACGUUUUCUAUUUAUUUAUUUAUUCCUGUUUUUAUUUAUUAUGCCACUUCUGAGCCCACCAAUCACAGCGGGCUCUCCUCAGCUCGCUGCUCCUGUCUGACGUAGAGACGGAGCAGACGGAGCCCGAGAGCGCCGUGAGCCGUCGACGGCGUGAGGACGUUAACUGCUACCGGACAGAUGUGCCGAUGAGGCAGCUGGCUGCGAGCGCGGGACAGACAAAAGUGAAACGAGGGACAGAGGAAGAGAUAAGCUGGCGAGGAAGAUGAGGAGUCAUGCCGCCGCUGAAGGAGAAGCGCGGCGUCAGAGGGAAACUGGAAAUGUGACUGAAAACUAGACAGUUUGAUUCUGAACUGGGAAGUGAAAGUUUGAGCACUGAAGACAAAAUGAAGCUAAAAUAAAGUUUAUGAAGAGAAACA